AUGAAGUUAAGCAGAGAUUUGGAAAAAGAUAAUAGCAGUUUUGUCAUAGCUUCGAUAAAAAAAGAUGAACAAAGUGAUGAUGAAAGUGAAGAAGAAGAAACCAUAGUCAAAAAAGUAAUCAUUUUUGAAAAAUAUUUGUUUUUUAUUGGAUUUCUAUGUCCACUAGCAUGGUUCUUAGGAAGCUCGACAUGUAGAGGAAGACGAGUAAGUGAUCAGCAUUUUUAUCAUCCUGCUAUAUUUUUAUGGAAGAAGCGAUGCCGUAUUGCAGCCACGUUAAGCUUAACAAUAUUCAUUGUCAUAGCAGCCGUUGUUAUGGUUGUAAAUCCAAAACUGUUUGGAUUAAAAACAGAUUAUGCAACGGGUGCACAAACAUCUUCUGCAAGCAACAAUGCAAUUCGGCCUGGUGUACCCAUUAUUGGUACAAACGAUUGGGGUGAUACGGUGGCUGGAAUAUCAGUCGAUAAUAAUAUGUAA